AUGAACGAAAAAGCAAGAGACGCGGUAUUCGAAAAAAAAAAUGAAGAAAUGACAACAGUCUUAAAUAAAAAUAUUUUAUUCAAAGAAUAUAACAAUGCAAACGAUUUAAAAGAUACGUUUAUAAAUAUAAAAUCUGAUUAUAGUAUAGAAAGUGAAAAGGAAAAAAAUAAUAUAUCUCUAUUUAAUGUUUUAAAAAAAAAAUUAAAGGGAGAAAAAGGUUGUACCAGAUUUUUAAUUAUUUUUAAAAUAUCAAAUGAUGAAAAUGAAAAUAAAACAAAAAUCAAUGAUAUAAUAAAAAAUAUUAUUAAAGAAAAAUAUGAAACAAUUACAGGGGUUUGUCUUUUUGUUAACAUUUAUUUCAUCAUUUUAUUAGAAUCCCCUGAUACAAAAAAUGUAUUUAAUUUAUUACAUGACAUGACAAAUAUAAAAUAUAUAUCGGAGCUAAAAAUACUUUAUUUUAGUGAAUUAAAUAAACAAAAAAUAAAUGAAGAUUUCUAUUUUUUUGAAUAUAAAAUAGAAGAUCAAAAAGGAAUCCUCACUGAAUGCAAUUUUGUAGACGAAAUAUGGGAUUUGUACAUAAAUAUCCUUAAUUUAUGUUGCUUUAUAAAAGAUAAUGACAAAAAAGAUAUUUUUGAGAAAAAUGAAAAUUUAAAGAAAAAUUUUUCUACUCUUUCAAACUUUUACACCAACAUUGCAAAUGAGUACAUAUGGAAAAUCGACGAGUUUUUUUCUUUUUUCACAAACGACUUCAACUUACCAAUUGACAGUUUUACAGAUGAUUUUUUGGAUUUCUGA